ACCAUGGCUUGGACAUGGACGAUAAUUCCAGUAAUAGUUAUGCUUGCAGGUUAUCUCUUGCGAGAGUGCGCAUGGAAAAGCAGGAACCAGAGUAAAAAAUUGCCACCUGGUCCAAGAAGGUUUCCUGUUUUUGGAAACCUUCAUUUGUUAAUGGGGGAAUUCCCUCAUCGAGAUCUACAUCGGCUAGCUCAAAAACAUGGCCCUAUCAUGUACUUGCGCUUGGGCUUGAAACCUGCCAUUGUUGCCUCCUCCGCUCAAGCGGCCGAGCUGUUCCUCAAAGCACAUGACCACGUGUUUGCUAGUAGACCAACCUUGGAGACAGCAAAGCACAUCUCUUAUGACCAAAAGAGCUUGGUCCUUGCUCCGUAUGGCUCUUACUGGCGCAACAUACGCAAGAUGUGCUCCUUGGAACUGCUUACUAGCCAUAAAAUGAAUUCUUUCAGAUCCAUGAGAAAAGAAGAGCUUGGUCUACUGAUAAACUUUCUUCAAGAGGCUGCUACUAACUGUGUUGUUGUUGAUCUCAGUGCCAAAGUUUUCUCUCUCAACGCCAAUAUGGCUUGCCGUAUGGUGGUUGGGAAAAAGUACAUGGACAGUGAUCUUGGUUUGAGGGGGUUCAAGGCUGUAAUCCAAGAGGUGAUGCAGUUAUCAGCAGCUCCUAACCUAGCUGAUUGCAUUCCUUUUAUUGCUUCCCUCGACUGUCAGGGGUUGACACGACGCAUGAAGGCAGUUAGCAAGACCAUUAACGACUUUUUGGAGAAGAUCAUAGAUGAGCAUGUCCAAUCCAAGGACGAAAAUAAGACAAAUGACUUCGUUGAUGCCAUGCUGAACUUAGUGGGAUCUAAAGAAUUAGCGUACAAUAUUGAACGGUCCAACAUCAAAGCCAUAACUUUGGACAUGCUGGUUGCCUCAGUGGACACUUCGGCAACAGCAAUUGAGUGGGUACUCUCAGAACUCAUGAAGCAUCCGCGCGUGAUGAAGAAACUUCAAAAGGAGCUGGAAAAUGUGGUGGGCUUGGAGAGGAUGGUAGAGGAAGCAGACUUGGAUAGGUUGGAGUACUUGGACAUGGUUGUAAAGGAAACCUUCAGGGUACAUCCAGUAGCACCACUUUUGAUUCCUCACCAGGGCAUGAAAGAUUGCACCGUUAAUGGUUUCCACAUACCAAGGAACUCUAGAAUCCUGAUAAACACAUGGGCAAUUGGGAGAGACCCAAGUGUUUGGAAUGAUGCAGAAGUGUUCUUCCCAGAAAGGUUUGUUGGGAGUAGCAUUGAUCUCAGGGGACGCGACUUCGAACUCCUCCCAUUUGGCUCCGGCAGAAGAGGUUGCCCAGGGAUGCAGAUGGGCCUACUAGUUGUACGGCUGGUGAUUGCACAACUUAUCCAUUGCUUUGAUUGGGAGCUUCCUGAUAACAUGCUCCCAACUGAUUUGGACAUGACUGAGGAGUUUGGUCUUUCAGCUCCUAGAGCCAAGCAUCUACUUGCCAUUCCGGCUUAUCGCCUGCACGAAUAAGAAUUUCGGGUUCUUAUUUUUGUUUCUGCUGUCUAAAAAUAACGUGCACGCGCGUUCAAUGUCUGGGUUUGCUGUUAAGUUGUCUUUAAUUAUUCAUUAUGGACUAUAUUUUCUGCUGCGGUACUCACUUCUUUGAACUGAUCUUUAAGCAAAA